AGAAGGAAGCGGACGAGGAUGCAGAGCUGAGGUUGUGAGUGUUGGAAUGGAACUCCGCUUUGUUCAACAGUAGGGGAGGGCAGACGGACGGAUUCACACAGUUGCCUCGACCGCCGGAUAGAAGCACUAAAACACAGACACGGGGACGAACGGUUCCGGCUAGAUUUUGUCCAGCUGUGUCACAGCGUGCCUCGUCUUUCGUGGAACUUUUCGUGGAUUUUUCCGUCACGCAGGGAUGUCAAAGCGAGUACGAAGCAGAGAGGUCUGCGCUGAUUGCAGUGCUCCGGAGCCUCGCUGGGCCUCCGUCAACAGGGGAGUGUUGAUCUGCGACGAGUGCUGCAGCAUCCACCGAGGUCUGGGCCGACACAGCUCUCAAGUCCGACAUCUGACCCAUUCAUCAUGGCCACCGUCCCAGUUACAGAUGGUCCAGACACUGUAUGGCAAUGGAGCUAAUUCCAUUUGGGAGCAUAGCCUUCUGGACCCUUCGUCCUCCGUGAGUGGAAAACGUAAAGCAAAUCCCCAGGACAGAGUUCAUCCCAACAAGACAGAAUUCAUCAAGGCCAAAUAUCAGAUGUUAGCGUAUGUCCAUCGAAUGCCCUGUCGAGAGGAUGAUAGCGUGACCUCAAAAGACCUCAGCAAGCAACUCCACUCCAGCGUUCGCACCGGGAACCUGGAGACGUGCCUUAGACUCUUGUCGCUGGGAGCCCAGGCCAACUUCUUCCAUCCAGAGAAAGGAAACAGCCCACUUCACAUAGCAGCUAAAGCUGGUCAGAUGCUCCAAGCAGAGCUGUUGGCGGUUUACGGAGCGGAUCCAGGAGCUCUGGACUCCAGCGGAAAAACUCCCAUCGAUUAUGCACGACAAGCUGGACACCAUGAGCUGGCAGAGCGUCUGGUGGAGAUCCAGUAUGAACUCACCGACCGUUUAACAUUUUAUCUCUGUGGUAGGAGACCAGAUCACAGAAAUGGGCAGCACUUCAUUAUUCCACAGAUGGCAGACAGAAAUAACAGUCUGGAUUUGUCUGAAUUUGCCAAAGUGGCAAAGAAAAAGCUGCAGUCGCUGAGUAAUCAUCAGUUUGAAGAACUGGCCAUGGAUGUUUAUGAUGAAGUCGACAGAAGGGAAACAGACGCAGUGUGGCUGGCCACACAAAACCACAGCACCCUGGUCACGGACACCACCGUUGUACCUUUUCUGCCUGUGAAUCCAGAGUACUCGUCUACCAGAAACCAGGGUCGUCAGAAAUUGGCGAGGUUCAGCGCUCAUGAAUUUGCCACCUUGGUGAUUGAUAUUCUGACUGAUGCCAAACGUCGACAGUGGGGCAAUUCCUGCGAAAGUCCUAAAGAGAACGUGGAACUGAUCCUUCAGGGAAUCGACAGCCGUCACAACAGCGACAGCCAGGACAACGAUCAGCCUGAUUACGACAGUGUUGCGUCAGAUGAAGACCCGGUGCUGGAGGCAACAUGUGGAGACAGCUGCAACGAUGACAGGACCAAGAGUUCCGAGUCAUCUGACCUCUCUGACGGACCAAUCACAGUGCAGGAAUUUAUGGAAGUGAAGAGCGCCCUCACUGCCUCGGAAGCCAAAAUACAGCAGCUUCUCAAAGUCAACUGUCACCUGAGUGAAGAGCUGCGGAUGAUGCAAAGCAAGCUGAACUCCCUGCAGACUGAGAACACGAAGCUGCGUUGGCAGUCCCCCGGGGGGCAGCAACACCUGCAGGCGCCCUGCAGUCGACACCCGCCACGCGGAGGUCGAGCCAUGUCCAUGUACGAGACGGGUUCCGCACCGAGGCAGUACUCCCACCGCGGCGACACCGCCCGGCACGAGGACGGAGUCAUUCUACAACCGUUCCCGACCAACAUUGGGAGGGGUCCUUUGGGGACGGCAGCUUCCUCCCUCCCUACCUUCCCCUCUUCCCUGUCCUGGUCGCGGGAUGAGAGAUCUCGAAGGGGCUGCAGCUUGGAAGGUCGCAGCACGAUGCUGCACAAUGAUUCUGACAUCACAGCCAACCACUCAGAACUGGAGGAGACUGGAAGCCCUCUUUCGGCUUCUGAUGCUGGUGAAGCAGAGGCUUUGGGGGAAAAAGAUGCCUCUCUCCCCAGCACAGAAGAUGUCAUCUGUAAGACGGAGCAGAUCACCAAGAACAUACAGGAGCUUCUGAGAGCGGCUCAGGACACCAAACAUGAACACUUCCUGCCGUGUUCUGAAAAGAUUUGUGUGGCUGUAACAGAGAUGGCCGCUCUGUUUCCCAAGAGGCCGUCCUCCGACACCGUGCGGUCGUCUCUGUGUCUGCUCACUUCGAGUGCCAGCCGGCUGCACGGAGAGUGCCAGAAGGCCGCGGACCACAGUCCCUGCCCGUCGGACAUCCAGCUGGUCACCCAGCAGGUCAUCCAGUGCGCCUAUGACAUUGCCAAAGCUGCCAAGCAACUAGUCACUGUGACAACCAAAGAAAAUAACAACUAGCUAAACGUCCCAAAGAACUGCAACGGACAAAAAAGUUUAAUCUUGAUAAUUACUAACUAAGAAUUUAGCUUCGUCAGUUAAGGCCCACUUUCGUUGUUUUCCUCUAGUUUUUAGUGUGAACUUUGACAUUCAUUCCUUCAACCGUGAACAAACGAGUAUUGAUCAUUCAAGAGCUUUAUUUCCUUUUUAUACAGAAAAGAAAAAUCCCUAUUUUUUACCUCAUUUAAGGGAUAAUUGCAUAUACAUAUAUGUGUGUAUAUAUGUAUGUAUGUACAUACAUAUAUACAAAUAUAUAAAUGUAUGUGUCUAUACACAUAUAUGUGUAUAUAUAUAUGGCAUUGGUUGUACUUUUUGGUUGUUAAGACCAAAUAUUUUGCCCGGAUGUGUGGCAGCGACAACAUAGCAUAGCUCCAGUGUUCUCCACUGACAUUGGUGUAACAUAUAUUUUGACCAUUUUAUAUUUGUUUUGUUUUUUUUUUUUUGUUGUUUUUUAACGUUGCAUUGACAAAAAACUAAAGUCUUGAAACUCAACAUCACUUCUGAACAAAAACAAACAAUGAAGCGGAUGACAAAGCAAAAAAAAAAAAAAACCAUGGUACAUCAAACGCCAUGUGAGUAUCAAUAGUAUGUGAACCUUUAUUCCAUCCAGUCCUUCUUCCUCUACCUGAGGGUGUAUGUAUAUGCAAUGUUUAGGUCAUUUUUUUUGGAGUUGAAAUGUUACAGUUAUACAUUGGUGUGUGUGUGCGUAUGUGUGUGUGUGUCUGUGAGUUUAUUAAGCAAAGAUGGGCCGGUUGUGAUUGACUUGUAAUAGCGUUAUGCAAAUACCUAUAUAUGAUGUGCUGUAUGUAUCGAUGUCAUACAGAAAAUAACCCAAAUGCUAUUCUAUUUAUAAAGUGUAUGUCAUACCUCUGGGGAAAUAUCAGCGUUUAUUUUCAUAGGGUACUGUUGUUGAACUUGAUGCUCUUCACAGGCUAACGUUUGCUGUGAUGUCUCACGUGGCUGUUGGUUAGCUCGAGGCAACUUGUGAAAUCUGUUUUGUUUGGUGUGGUGCUCGGCAAUUCUGCUGUGUCAGUAACAGCCCCAGGUCAAUGCACCCUCCAAAUUAAGGGACAUCUUGGAGAACUUCUCUCUGACUCACUGUUGUAGACCAAGGGGUGGAAAGUAUACAGUAAUACUACAUACAAGUGUACAACUGUCUGUGAAUGUAAUUUUGUUUUUUGUUUUUUCUGUAGCUGCAGCAUCCUCAGUGUACGCAGUAAAUAUUCAGCCCUUGCCCAAAACCGCAAUUCUUCCCUAAUCUGUUGGAAAAUACAAUUUCAGGUUGAGCCACAUUUCAACAUGCAGCAGAAAGAAGGAAACACUCCUUUAACUUUAUUGUGGGCGUUAUGUGCAUGGACGUUGCUAAAGCCAGUCUAAGCCAAUGAUAUUUACCAUUGGUUUUGGAAUACAGCAGCUAUGAACCAGAGUGUUGUUGAUAGGCAAUUCCUGAUUUGUUCUCAACAUCCCAACCUACUAAUGACCAAAUUUGUUCUCACUAAGUUGUGGUGUUUUCUGGCAUGUUCCCUUUUAAAAUAAUGUUUUUAAUCAUACACUUUAUAUCAGGGGUCCCCAACCCCUGGUCCAGGGACCGGUGCUGGUACGUAGGUCAUUUAGUACCGGGCCACAGUGGGACAGAUUGAAAAAAAAUCUUGAAGAAUCCAAAUAAAUGGAUAUAGUCCUUCAGUUCAGAGAUUUGUGAUUUGACUAAAUUGGGACUAUAUUACUACAAAUCAACUGAAUGACAGUUGUCCAUUUUAGCAGUUUCUUUAAAUGAUAAAUGAAUAGAUUUAAUGUACAACCUUUAACCUUCACUCCAUCUCCGUUUUAUUGAGUAAUAAUUUUAUUUAUUUAUCCUUAUUUUUUUAAAAGGCUAAUUUGAAAAAUACUGGCGACCCUUGUUUGGGCCCCGCCCCUGUAUUUGGAUAAACGACAAAACACAGAGUAGUGUCUUUCCGCCCCUGGUUUCAGCCGUAAGUCAUUGUAGCCUACAGUUGUACCACUAUUAUUCGUGUCUUGGGAUAAAUAAAGCUUCUAACUCGUA